UCUAGAUGAAAUUUGAGUCGCCAACAUGAACGAGAUGGAGCAAGAGACGCAGGAACCAGGGCGAAGGAGAUCUGGAGGGAGAGCGCGAGUGAUGGAGGUUCCGAUGCAGCUGUGGCGCAAGUACAGUGUGCUUCUGCUGUGGUUGGCGGUGGGGCUCGACCUGAUCGUCUCCAAGUUGGGGUUCUGCUACCUCGGUCAGAGCAUCAGCAUCCUCUUCGUCGUCCUCUACCUCAUCGACAACGUCAGUCUUCGUAGAGCCGUGUGCUCGUUCUGGUUCGGCAUGAUGGACUUGUACUUCCGUGAGAUCUCCGUGGGAGGGGAGCAGAAGAUUCUUCCCAUCCAGGACGGACGCGCCGUCAUCUUCGCGUGUGCCCCGCACGUCAAUCAGUUCGUCGACCCCAUCGUCGUCAUGAAGGUCGUGGCGCUCAAGACGCGGCGGCACAUCAGCUGGAUGACAGCUGCCAAGUCCUUCGCUCGCCCGGCCAUCGGCAAGUUCGCGCGAGCCCUCAAGGGCAUCCCCGUCGUGCGUCCCGAAGACAACGAGGAGCGAGGAAGCGGCUUCAUUACCACCCAGGGCUGCCAGGUCAGAGGCCACGGAGGAACACAGUUCACGAGGAGCUUCAAGAAAGGCUGCGUGCUGGUAGUGAAGCGCAAGGGGUCGAAGCUGAGCGGGAAGGUGGCGGAGGUGAUCUCAGACGAAGAGAUGGUUCUCUCCUCCCCGAUGCAAGAGACUGUCAAGACCCUCCAGCCCUCCGACAACUCCAAGGCCUUCCACCGCGCACUGUCCACACCCACGACUCUCCUCCUCCUCCUCGCAACGCUGCUCCCCCUGCUCCUCCUCCUCCCCAGGGUCUUUCCCCCUAAUUGGUGGCCGAUGGCGUACAUGCUGGCUUGCCAGCUGGCGUGUCUCAUCACGAGCUUGAUCUACAAGGUGCUGAGGGACGAGAGUAAGCCCGAAGAGCUCAUCCGAGUCGUCGCUCCUCUCAAGGGGCUUCUCAAGGUUGCCUCCUCCGGCCGUCUGAGCUCCCUCGCCAGGCAUGAGCCCAAGAAGAAGGGGCUGCAGACCUCCCUGCGAGCGGCAGGCGACGAGGCGACGCAGCAGGGAGUCUACGACUUCCUCCUGCAUGGCGGGACCAUUGGCAUCUUUCCGGAGGGAGGGACACACGACGGGACGCAGCUUCUUCCCCUCAAGUGGGGCAUCAGCACCAUGGUCCUCGGGGCCAUGGCCAAGCACACGGGCCCAGAGCCUCUCAAGAUUUCCGUGGUGCCGGUCGGGCUCAACUACUUCUCUCCGCAUCAAUUUCGCAGCACAGUGUCCGUUGACUUCGGGGACCCGAUCGAUGUGGAUCAGGCGACCGUCGACCGAUGGAGGAGCGGGAGCAAGGAGGCGAAGCAGGAGGCCAACGCCGCCGUGAUGGACCUCGUCAUGGCGGGGAUGAGCGCAGUGACCCUGCAGGCGAAGGAUGUGGAGACUCUGGAGCUCUACCGGACGAUCCGUCGGCUUUUCGUUCCUCUUGGCUCCCGUCUGUCGGUCAAGGACAACGUCGCCCUCACUCAGAGCGUCGCCGCCAGCCUCAACUUCGAGACGCGCAAGGAACCUCGCGUCCAACACUUCCUGUCUCGGUGCCGGCAGUACAGCGACAUGCUCACUCAGUACAAGGUGCAUGACUAUCAGGUGCAGCGCUUCCGGGAGCGAGCCCUCUCGGACUCCCAGCGCUUGUCCGUCAUUAUGAAGACUCUGCAUCGCCUCUCCAUGGCGCUGCUGCUCGUCGCGCUCCUCCUCCCCUGGUGGUUGUGCGUCGCCCCUGUCUCGCUCUGCAUCGCCGUCGUCUCGGACUGGCAGGCGAGGAAGGCCAACAAGAUGAGCGUCAAGGGAACCUGGAAGAUCCUCGCCGGCACCGCCGUCAUCCCCCUCACUCACUUUCUCUGCACCUGCGCCUUCUGGUUCACCUUCGGCGAGUUCGUGGGCCUCGUGUGGUUCUUCACAGCGCCGGUGGGGGGCAUGCUGGCCAUCUACGCGACAGAGGAGAGCUUCCAGCUGCUCAAGUCCCUCAACUCUCUUCUCUUCGUGCUCGCCAACAAGAACGCCGGCGAGCAGCUCUACAACCUCCGUGAAAGCCUCCGCAAGGAAGCCCUCGAGCUCAUGCCCAGCUGCAUCGGAGCUCCGGAGGGAAGGGAGUGACGGGGAGGAGUGGAGGAGGGUCAGAGUAAAGGGACUACGAGGUAGUGAAGUCCAACUGUUGGAAUGAAUGAACGUGCAGGAACGCGU